AUGCGGGAAUUUGGAAAUUUUGGCCCAUUAGUUGGUGCUAUCGAUGAAGGGACAUCGAACGUAAAAUUCCUGAUAUUUGCAGCAAAUACGUCAGAAGUUUUAACAUACCACCAGCUUCCUUUAAAAAGAUUUAGUCCUCAACAAGGUUGGGUUGAACAAGAUGCUUUAGAGAUUUUAAGUGCCGUCUUAGAAUGCAUUGAGGUUACAAUAGAUAAUUUGAAAAAGUUAGAUAUAAACCCUGCUGAUGUUGUGGGUAUUGGGGUUACUAAUCAAAGGGAAACCACUAUUAUAUGGAAUUCAACAACAGGAGAACCCCUGUAUAGUGCAAUAGUUUGGCUUGAUGUGAGGACAUGCAAAACUGUUGAUGAUUUACUUCAAACAAAAGGAGCUCACAGUAUUUAUGCUGUCACUCAAACCAGUGGUCUUCCAUUGUCAACUUACUUCUCUUCAGUCAAACUGAGAUGGCUCUUACAAAAUGUAACACAGAUUAAAGAGGCUGUUGCCAAAGGGAGUUGCAUGGCUGGUACUGUGGACUCAUGGCUGAUUUGGAAUUUAACCGGAGGAUGCAGAGGUGGUGUUCACAUAACGGAUGUAACAAAUGCAUCGAGAACCCAACUCAUGUCUCUAACAAGUUUGCAGUGGGACAAAGGAUUGUUGAAAUUUUUCGACAUACCCCUUGAAAUUUUGCCAAAGAUAAAAAGUUCUUCUGAAAUAUACGGCUACAUAUCAACAGGAUCACUUCUAGGCACACCAAUAGCUGGGUGCUUAGGUGAUCAACAAGCAGCAUUACUUGGGCAAAAUUGUUUGAAAUUCGGCCAAGUUAAAUGUACAUAUGGUACUGGAUGCUUUUUAUUAUAUAAUACAGGAGAGUCUAUUGUACACUCACAAAAUGGGCUGCUGACAACAGUUGCAUAUAAACUGGGGCCUGAAGCACCUGCUGUAUAUGCUUUAGAAGGUUCUGUUGCAGUAGCUGGAGACACUCUUCAGUGGUUGCAAAACAGUAUGGAAUUACUCAGUGAUGUCUCAGAUACGGAGAACUUGGCAUUUCAAGUGACAGAUUAUGAAGAUGGGAGUGUAAGUUUGGUUCCUGCAUUUAACGGAUUAUAUUCGCCACACUGGAGAAAGGAUGCCAGAGGUGUUAUAUGCGGAAUAAGCAGUACGACACGCAGCGAACAUAUCGUUCGAGCCGCAUUAGAAGGAGUUUGCCAACAAACGCGGGCAAUUGCAAAUUCAAUGGCACAAGACUGUGCUCCCAUAGAGAAAUUGCUCGCUGAUGGAGGAAUGUCACAAAAUUCUGCUCUGAUGCAAAUGCAAGCUGAUACUCUGGGAAUACCAGUGAUUCGACCAUUGAUGAUGGAAAGUACAGCCCUAGGAGCAGCUAUAGUAGCCGGUCGCGCACUUCGUGUUUGGCCCCAAAACACACCAUCUUCUCCAUCAGACACAUUCCUACCAGCAAUUUCCAAUGAAGAGAGAGAUGUAAGAUAUAAACGUUGGGAAGAAGCUCUAAAUAGAAGCAUGGGCUGGACUAACCAUGAUGUGACAGGAGAUAAAAAGAACCAAGAUGAAAUAGAUCCUACCACUGCCCUACCGCCAGGUUUGUUUUUCCUUGGAACAGCAUUACUGAUUAUUUUAGCAGAUAAAUUAAAAAUUGUACCAUGUAUAUGUAUAUGUAUUGUAAAACUAUAA